UAUUGUGCAGGACACCCAGUGAAAACAGCUUCUGCUGCCUGACUGCAGACUUUCUCCGUUUUUGUCCUAUCUAAACUGUCAGUCCGAUCAGUUAACUAGGACGGAGAUGGAAAUAUCGAUGGGGUCAGAGGAAGGAGAGCGCAGAUGGGAACACUGGAAGCUUCUGUAUAAUCUAAAGACCACUGUUGAAGGCUUGCUGUCGACCAACAAUCCUAACGUGUGGUCUCGCUAUGGGGGUCUUCAGCGCCUGCACAAGGACAUGAAUAAUAUCUUGGGCCAUGGCCUAAAACUUGAACAGGUAUAUUAUAAACAAAAAGACUACUGGCGUUUUGUGUGGUGUGUGCGGUAUCUCUGUCCGCAUUUAGCCCGUCAUGUUGAACAGUUCAGUCAGUUGGAGCCGGUGUUGAGUAGUGGCAUGCAGUGCUUUGGAGAGGGUUAUAAAGCCGAACGCUGGCUUCUACACAGUCUCCAAGGUCACAUCUUAUCUGCUCAGCUCAAGCCACUGCUGCAACACAAGGCAAACACACAGAAAUUCUACAAUGAUGGGGCCUUCCUGUUGAGUGAGCCGCAUGUGUCUGCUAUGUUCCAGUGCCUGGAGGCGGUAGAGCAGAACAACCCUCGAAUGCUUGCGCUCAUCGACACCGUCAGGCUUUCACACCUGAAAGAGUCUCCUCCCAUGGGUUUGCUGAAGAGCCAGAGUCUGGUUUUCCUCCCCAGGGCAGCAGGAAGCUUGAAUACUCCAGAGAGCUCAGAGUCUCAUAGAUUCAACACCUCCCAGAACUGCCUUACAGAGAUUCCCAACACCCCAAACUCAAACAGCAGCUCAGAUGUUGCCCCAUCCAGCAGUGCCCAGGGUGCACCAUGGGUGCUCGGUGGAGGAAAUCAGAGUUCCCCAGACACAGGAAACCCCGAGAUUUCCUUCACAGAACCCACCUUGCCUGCUCGGGCUGAGAUCCGGGAUUGUACGGAUGCCGAUCUGGAUGAUGGGCCGGAAUAUCUGGCCAUCGGAAAUCUGGGCAAGCACAAACGACGAGACUCAUCCCGCUCCAAUCAGAGCAUUGAACACACCGGCAAUCAAGCCACCACCCCCACAUCUUUGGCUCCGCCCCCACCACGCCGCUGCUCUUUCUCAGAGGCUCAGAGGAGUGUAGGGCGGAGCUCCAAGGGCCAUAUCCGCUCUCUGUCCGACACAAGCAUCACUCAGAAACAGCAGAAUGGAGGGGGUCACAGGAAAAUCACCAUUAUUAUCGAGGACCCUGUCGCAGAAUUGGUUGCGGAUACGCUGUGUUUGAAGAGCUGUGAUCCAUUCUCACCCCAGAGCAGUGACAACAGCUCCAACAGUUCACUUUAUAUGGAGUCUAGUGGCUCCCUAUACAAUAGUGUGCCAGACGGAUUGUUCCGCAGACCGUCAGAGGGUCAGAGUCUGAUCAGCUACCUUUCAGAGCAGGACUUUGGUAGCUGUGCUGAUCUGGAAAAGGAAAAUGCCCACUUCAGCAUCUCUGAGUCGCUGAUAGCGGCCAUAGAGCUGAUGAAGUGUAAGAUGCACAGGACGGUGGAGGACGCAGAGGAAGAGGGUGACAGCGACUCUGAAAUCCAGCAGCUUAAACAGAAAAUUUGUCUGCGCAGACAGCAGAUACGACGCAGUUUACUGCAGCCACCUGCGACCUCUCAUGGCUUCUCAUCCAUGGACAGCAGCGGCUCACAGAGGAGCUCUCAGGAUUUAUUUCAUGCCUCUGACUCCGGCUCAGAUAGAGACGUGGAGGAUAUUGAGCUCAGAGAUGCAGAUAUCAAACGCAGUGUGACGUGUAGCAGUAGAUCCUUCCUUAGCUCAGAGUCCAUCUCUCCAUCCAUGCUACAGUCCAACUCGGCAGAAUCUGUGGCCAUGGGUCUCCUCAGACAGUUUGAGGGCAUGCAGCUGCCUGCCGCUUCAGAACUGGACUGGCUAGUUCCAGAACAGGAUGCUCCUCAAAAGCUUCUUCCAAUACCAGAUUCUCUUCCUAUAUCACCUGAUGAUGGCGAACAUGCAGACAUUUACAAACUACGCAUCCGAGUUCGUGGAAACCUGGAGUGGGCUCCUCCGAGACCACAGAUCAUCUUCAACAUUCACCCUCCUCCAAAGAGGAAAGUUGUGGUGGCUAAGCAGAACUACCGCUGUGCUGGCUGCGGGAUUCGCAUUGAUCCAGACUACACAAAGAGGCUGCGGUACUGCGAGUAUCUGGGUCGGUAUUUCUGCCAGUGUUGUCAUGAGAAUGCACAGACUGUGGUGCCAGGAAAGAUCCUCAGAAAGUGGGACUUCAGUAAAAGCUAUGUCAGCAACUUUGCCCGAGACUUGCUGGCCAAGAUCGCAGGAGACCCUCUCUUCAACCCAAAUGACAUCAACAGCGGCCUUUACAAGAAGGUCAAAGCCCUGGAUACAGUGCGAACAUUGAGGGAACAGCUAAACCUCAUGAAGAAACUCUUAAAAAUGUGCCGUUUGGCUAAAGAGGUUUUAGAUCAGUUUGACACACUUCCUGGACAUCUGACUGAAGAUCUGCAUCUCUUCUCUCUCAAUGACCUCACUGCUGUACGCAGUGGUAGUCUGGCACCAAAACUGCGAGAUCUGCUUCGUCUCGGCUGCAGUCAUGUCUCCGACUGUGUGCUCUGCCAGGCCAAGGGCUUCAUUUGUGAGUUCUGUGGAAAUGACAAAGACAUUAUCUUCCCCUACGAGCUGAACAAAUGUCUGCGUUGUGAAGAUUGUCAUGCUUGCUAUCAUAAAACCUGCUUCAAGAAUGGGAAGGAGUGUCCUCGCUGUCUGAGACUGGCCGAGAGGAGGGAGCGGAUGGCUCGCAAGAACAUGGAAGAGCAGGAGGACAGAGUGGAAGAAGAGGCAAUUGGGACAUAGCAAUAACCAAGACCCUAUGAAAGCACAACAGAAUAGUGAAUGUAUGUCUGUUUUCCAUCCCGUCAGUAAGCUGUCCAAAAAGCUCUACUGUCUACAUCAUAAUGACAUAACAAAAGCUACGAAGAGUUUUGUAAGCAAACAGUGAGCCUCUGCUUUUAACAAUGGCCACGUUCAGAUAAGAAAUUGCAUUUCUUUUUACAAUUUGCCAUAUUUUUUGUUGCUUCUGUCUCCCGUAAAAAGCAAUUUCGUUUUAAUCAACAGGGUGGCGAAUUUUGUGUCGAGUAAACUUUUGUGUUUAUCAAAUCAGUCAUGAUUUUCUGUGUAUCUGCCUAUUGUAUAUUUAUUGGUAUUAACAUUACUUUCAUGUGCCUCGUUAAUGACUGUUAAUGUCUGUGACGACGAGAGAUGGAAAAUGGCAGCUGAACUCAGAACGGCGUUCUUGCACAAUGUUUGUUUUUCAAGAGGUUUCUAAAAGUGCCAGUGACCAAAAUUAUUAUUUUGAAAAGCUACAAAGACAAUGGGCCUCAUUUAUGAAGCAGAAAAUUCAAGCAGAAUUAAUUUAUGUAACUCAUUUGUAAAUCUAUUCUUGCGUAAAUGUCGUAUUGAAUGCCAAAGUGGGCCUCAUUUGUGAAAUGCACGCCAAACAAAUUUAGGUAAAUUAUUGCAAGACCAUUUCAUUUCAUUAUAGUCAUUCAUAAAACAAUUAGAGGGUAAAUAACAAUUUAAGUUAGAAUGGUUUUAUAUAGGCUUUAAAAGAAAUGUUAGAUUGCUUUAACGAACGAUUUAGACAAAGAUUCAUUCUGCUCAGUUAUAAAACAAUUCUUGUGUACAUUUUUAUUGUAGAAGCGAUUUAAGUUCCUUCUGCUUUGUAAAACCAUUUAUGUUAUUUUGGUUUUACGAAUGAUUGGGACAUAGAUUUGUUCUGCUCAUUUAUAAAACUAUUGUUGCAUAAAUUGUUUGAAUUUUACAAAUGAUUUUUCAAACUUUUUACACAUUCAUUCCGCUUGUGAAUGGCUUUAUGUAGAAAUUUGCUGUGUUAUAUUACUUUAAUGAAAUUCAUUCUGCUACUUAAUAAAACCAUUCUUGGGCUAAUGUUUUGGUUUUACAAUCAAUUUACACUGAAAUUUGUUUGGCUUGCUCGUAAUUUCUUUUUUACGUAAAAGUUUUUGGUUUCAUGAACAGUUUACAAAAAAUUAUUUCUACUUGCGUAAAUUGCACUUUGAAUUAAAUGCGUUGAUUUACAUACUGUAAGAAUAGUUUUAUGAAGGAUUUAAACAGAAAUUUGUGCUUGUAUUUUUUGAAUUGGUGUAAUGUAUGCAGAAAUUUGCUUAUGUUUCACAAAUAAUGCCAAAUGCUUAGGUGUUAUUAUUUGUACAUUUAAUAGCCUUUUUGCUAAAACAUUUUGCACCUUUUGAAAAUGGCACUUUGUCUUGACUGUGUCUUUGUUUAUUUAAUUUGCACUAGUUUCAUGAUGUUUGUGUAGGUGAUAAUUCUAUGUCUGAUUAAACUGGAAAGUUAUUGUUCAUUCCAACAUCUCACAUUUGAGUCCAAAAUCUCAAACGAUCUUGAACCGCUGCCUUGAUGCUCAUAUCUGUCAAAUGAAGGUACGUGUGUAAAAAAGACAAUUGUACCAAUGUGUUAUUUGCUUAACAGAGUUUAUUAAGUUGUAUUAAAAUGCACUACAUUAUAUUAAACAAGUUAUUUUUAGCUUUUAAUGGAGUAUCUAAAUGUUGGGAGAGAAAGAUUAAACACAAGACCACAUUUGUCUGCUGCUGUGAGUAUAUUUGAAACAAUAAUAACCAUGUACUAUUCUGCGGCAAGCAUUAAUAACUUGAAUGCACUGACCUUAAGUAUGUGAGACUGAAUGAAUGGACACUUGCUUAAUAUUAAGUUUAGAACUUGUUUUUCAUUUGAUCCUGCUGAUGAUCUGUCUACUUGAGUUUAUUGUUGCUAACUUACUGAAUUGCCUUUUUUUAUUCAGGGGCUUUUGAUGAGAUAAAGUGCACUAUUUUAAAAAAAUUUACAUAAGAAAUAUAAUUUCUUAUUGAUAUAUAUAUAUGUAAGUGACGAUUA